AUGGCGGACCGACUCCCUGCACCGCCAUCGGCAGAAGCCCGGGAGCAAGAAAAUACUAUGAAAGCAACCCAUUUCUCCUCACGAUGGCUGAAGAGGAGGUUAGCCAUCAUCAUGAUUUUCUCCGGUAGCACUGUCCUGCUGUUUUGGUACUUUGGCGCUUUUACCUAUGCCAGACCAUAUCAGCCUGGCACGCCACAACGACCAAGUCCUCCGGACCAUGAGACGCCAGAUGGAUCCCUUCUUGUCAGCUUGCCGGAUUACGGAUCGUUCCAGGGCACCCAGCUGCUCAUGAACUUGAGGAAGACGGAGACCUUCAGCCGGCCGGUGGAUGCAUGGAUGAAUGUGGAGUAUUCCACCCAGCCAGUUGGGCAGGGGAGGUUCAUGCCGGUAACAUGGCCUGAACCAUUUGAUGGUGUGAAGGAUGCGACAUCCACUGGGCCGGCAUGUUUCCAGAACAUGUAUAGUUCGCUCGGACAGUCGGAAGCUUGUCUUACCAUCAACGUAUACCGACCCUCAGGUAUUCCUAUGGACCAGAAACUGCCGUCUAUGGUCUUCUUGCAUGGAGGCUCGUUUGUAUCGGGCUCUCACCGCAGUUUCGAUGGAGCACUGUUUGUGGAAAAGAGCACGGAACCCCUCAUGGUCGUUACUGUACAGUAUCGAUUGGGUGCGCUUGGCAGCUUGCCUGCUAAGUUUAUGGAAGAGGAGGGUCUUUUGAACUUGGGCAUCCGCGACCAGAAGAUGGCAUUGGAGUUCUUGCAGAAGUACAUCAGCGAAUUUGGAGGCGACAAAGACCAGGUCACGCUUGGUGGCCAAAGUGCUGGCGGUCAUUCGGUCGGCAUCCACCUAUUCCACAACUACGCCGAGGAUGUCGGAAAGCCUUUGUUCAGCAAGGUCAUCAUGUCCUCCGGCUCACCAACCGCGCGUGCCUUCCCAGGUGUUGACUAUCCCAUCUACCAACGCCAAGUCGCAGAUAUCAUGGACUACUUGAAUUGUCCUGCGUCGCCCAGCUCUGCCGCCCUGGAGUGCCUUCGUGCCGCGGAAGCCGAUGACAUCCAGUUCAUGUCUUCUUCGCUAUACAAUGCUCACAACUACAACAUUACUUGGCCAUGGCAACCCGUCUCUCCUGGCCCCCUGAUCGAGAAGCGCGGCUCAACCUCAGGCGAAGACGGCACCUUCUUCAACAUCCCAAUGCUGAUUUCCUCCACCACCGAUGAAGGCAAAGCCUUCGCCCCGCAAGACCUACGUACCAACACCGAUUACCUCAACUUCUGGAAGACCCUCGUUCCAGGCCUAACAUCUGACGAUCUUUCCGAUCUUCAGACCCUAUACCCAGAUGUAAAGCCAGAGGCUGGCACACUCGGUUAUGUUUCGGACCAGUUCGAGCGAGUAUCUGAAGCCUAUGGAGAUUACUCCUAUAUAUGUCCGGUGCAAGACACUGCGUCGGCUCUCUCCUCCACCUCUGCUCCAGUCUACAAAGCGCGCUUCAAUACACCAAACUGGGCGCCAACGUACUUGGGUGUGCCACACGCCAGUGACUCUUCCUACUUUAACGGUCAGGCAAACACACAAUACCCCGAGAUUGCAGACAUGUACAGCGCUUAUUGGGCGAGUUUUAUUGUCAGUGGAGAUCCGAACACCUAUGCCUUGGCAGGCAGUGCAACGUGGGAGCAGUACGAGGGAACUGGAAGCAGACAGCUAGUCGUCAACCCCCCGACCCUGGGUGGCACAAUGAUGGAGGAUGAGGCUACGGCUAUUAGGAUGGAGCAGUGUGCCUGGUGGAGAGAUCCGGAGAGGGCAGCGAGACUGAACAAGUGA